UGGGUGAUAAUAUGACAUAGCUUUCUUUAGAUUAUAUUUCUAUCUCGAUUAAAUAUUAAUUUAGCUCUAUGCGUGUCUUAUGAUCUGUCUCUCAUUAACGAUGAGUAUUAAGUAUGCCAGCAGUAAUUUGAAAGUCCAGCUCUUCUGAAUAAAUUUAAAGAUAGAGAAUUUAGAGAAAAUUGAUUAACAAAAAAGAAAACUUAGAGAAAGAAAAACAUUUUGAAGAUAGACUUAAUGAGUUGGAAGGUAAUGCCUCAAUUUAUUCUACAUAGAAUUUUACUAUUUCUGUACACCAAACCAUGGCCAUUUUUGUUCUCUAACAGCUUCUGAUAGUUAUUUGGUUACUUAUUGCAAUCUUUCUAUUCAUGAAGUCCGCUUCUGGUUUUACUAAAUAACCCAUUUCUUCAAGAAGACCAAGGACCAGCAAUAGAGUAUAAUUCUUCUCGCUAAGAUAGCAUACAAGCACACAAGAAGACUUUCUCUCUAAAAUAAUGGUGCUCUCCUAUAUCUUAGAGUAUAUUAUGCCAGCUUUGGCUAAGUGUAAAUCUAAAUUGAUAUCAUUCUGAUUUAACCCUGCCUCCGGUUACUCGCCAAUUCCUAAGAAUAGAUUGUUUAUUAGGAAAGGUAUUUUGUGUGAAAAAGUUGAGUUUUAGAAACUUUGUAGAAGAAACUUUAACAUUAGUUGAAUUUGGGAAUGAUAGUACUAAUUUUAGAGAUAGGGUGUCUUGUUGGUUAGUUUUAACUUUGAGGGAAAUUUUCAGAUAAAGAUAGCAAAUGAUUGAGUGGAAAUAAUGGAAGAUCAUGGUAUAAGUUGUUAAUUUUAAACGCACAAUUUUAUCUGGAACAAGGUCACAAUUUUAGAGACAAAUUAGAGCAUCAAGAAAGAUCUCCACUGCGAAUUUUCAAACCUAAAAUUAAAUAG